AUGCCGAAUCGUUCACUAUCUUCCACCCCUCCAACCUACUGGAUGGCUUCUUCUACACGCCCUCCAAACACAUGCUGUUCUCUUCCUUCGUCUCCGGAUCAAGGUCCAUCCUGUAUUGAAGUUCGGCCAAACGAUUGGACGCCCGCCUUGACGCAAUUUGUCCUGCGGUGCCUUGCGGAGCGAAAGCUUUCCAUAUCGGACACUACCACCGCGGUUGCAUACGAAAAAGGGUUCAGUACACACGACGUAUGGAUCCAGACGAUCAAGUUCUUUGGCAGAAGCGUCGACACGUGGGACGAUGAGACAACCGUGUGUUCGAGAAACAUCUAUAUUGUUUCGGAGCAUUGGUCACAGGAUUUCGUCAAGUAUGUAUAUGACCAGCUGGCCAGCGGCGAGGAUAUGCAAGCUAUCGAGUACUGGGUCAUUGGUUGGUCAAAUUUUCACUUGACAAAGAAUGAUAUGUGGUUUCUGGGUGUAAUUAGAACUCAAGGCCUCCGGGCGCUGAACUCAGUGACAUGGAUAUGA